GAAUAUUCAUCAUUUUGUUAACUUAAGACUGUGAGCAAAACAAAAGUUGUGCUCGUUAAAAUAUAGUUAUGUGGAUAAAGUUAUUAGUUACUUUUUAAUUUAGCAAAUUAUUUUCGUUAUCGUAAAAUUAUAUACUGUCAAAAUGGUAUACAAAAUAUGCUUACUAAAUACGAUGCCACCGUUAUAAAACUUCCAAUAUUAGGAUUACUGGCGUUAUCGGUCACAGAUCUAAGCGAAGCAAUAAAGUGCUUCAAAUGUAGCGUUACUCCAGAAACGAGUGAUAUAAAUAACGUAACCUCUUUCACACCGAUGUGUACUAAAUUUGACGCGUCGGAAGAAUUUAAAAUAGAUUGUCCAUUUUCUACAAUGUGCAUCAAAAUUAUUUCUACGCUUCAAUUACAAAACGAUUUACAAAAUACUGUUACAAGAGGAUGUGCCCCCCAAAAAGAUACUAAGCAGGUGUUUAAAAACCGAAGAUGGCAACAAGAGCAUUCCGUGCAAGAGGUAUACGAUGAAGGAUGUAUUGAUUUUACGGAAAACCAUUUGACGCCGACGGUAAAAACUUACUGCUACUGUCGGGGUGACUUAUGUAAUUCUGGACCGAAAACAACUCAUGCUGACUUAUACUUAAUAGCCUUGAUUUUCUGUGUUAUUUAUUAUAAAUUAUAAUUAUAAUAUAUAUUUGAUAUUAA